ACCUUUUGAAGUCAAGCCUUAACUUUUUCUUUCUUUCUCUAUUUUCCCAGUGGAGUCGCGCGGGCACAAGUUUCACAGCGCUUGAAUGGUCAGACUAUUAACUCCCACGCUCUUUUCUGCCGAAAGUCCCUUUUCGUCUUGACUGCAGCGUGAACAAAAAGGAGCAGAAGAUGACUUAAAGAGAGUGGGGCUGUUCCUACCAGCUGGAUACCACCAUACGUGUAAAAUGAAAGCCAGCUUCCCUGUGUUUAGCCCUUGCUGACAGUGCCUGCCCACCAGUUGUCCCGGAGACUCCACUUCUCUCCUAAUUCAUGAGCCAGCAGGAUGUGGUAGUCCCUGUGCUUUCAGAACGGCUCCUCAUAGCCGCACACAAAGGCCAAGCGGAUAAUGUGGUGCAGCUUAUUAACAAGGGUGCUAAGGUAGCGGUUACCAAGAAUGGUCGAACUCCACUACACCUAGCUGCCUAUAAGGGUCACAGUGAAGUGGUGAGAAUUUUGCUGAAGGCAGGCUGUGACCUCAACCUUCAAGAUGAUAGCGAUCAGACUGCCUUACAUCGUGCUGCAGUUGUGGGGAACUGUGAUGUCAUCUCUGCUCUCAUUCAAGAUGGAUGUGCUUUGGACAGGCAGGAUAAGGAUGGUAACACUGCAUUACACGAAGUGGCCUGGCAUGGAUUCAGCCAGUCUGUCAAACUAUUGGUCAAAGCUGGGGCAAAUGUUCAUGCCAAGAAUAAGGCAGGGAAUACACCACUACAUCUCGCUUGCCAAAAUGCUCAUUCCCAGAGUUGUCGGAUUUUGCUCUUGGGUGGAUCGAAGCCUGAUAGCAAGAAUAAUGUGGGUGAUACGUGUUUGCAUGUUGCAGCCCGGUACAACCAUGUGGGCAUAAUCAGAAUCCUGCUUGGGACAUUUUGCUCUGUUGUUGUAAAGAAUCAGGCAGGGGAUACCCCUUUGCAUAUGGCCGCAUCCUUAAAUCACAAGAAAACUGUGCGUCUUCUGUUGGAAGCAGGGGCAGAUACAGAAAUAAGAAACAAUGUGGGUCAGACUGCACUGGAUUUGGCUAGAGAGCACAACAACCCUUUAGUGGCUCUUCUGCUCACGAAAGCUCCUCAGGUGCAGAGUUUUAGUCGAGGCAGAAAUGUGAGAAAAAGAAGAGACCAGCUAAAGCAGGAGAGACGAGCGCUGUCUGUUCCCAGAGACGAACUUCUGCCUCUGAAGGAUAGUGCAUCUGCAGCAGGUGAAACCCACAGCAGCGACCGGCCUCAUUGCUCCAGAGAGCAGCAUAAGAAGGAGACAAAUGCCACCACCCCUGAGCUGCAAACUAAAAGAGAUAAAAAGAAAAAGGAAAAGACCCUGGCACUUUCAGACCCAGCCCCAAAGAGAGAUAACCAGCAUGUGGAUGCCAAUCACAAGAGAAAAAGCAAGGCACCCCCGCUUUCCCAUCAGCAGCCCCCGCCACCCCACUGCUAUAAAGCCUAUCAGCUUUAUACUCUGUAUAGAGGGAAGGAUGGGAAAAUUAUGCAGGCCCCAAUAAAUGGUUGUCGCUGUGAGCCACUCAUUAACAAGUUAGAGAACCAACUGGAAGCCACCAAAGAGGAAAUGAAAUCAGACAUUCAGAGUGUCCAACAGCUGAUGAACAGCAAAGUGGGGCAGCUGGAUAGCAAAUAUCAACACCAGCUGAAGGUGUUUGACAAGAUGACAUUGGAAAGAAUAUCUGCUGAAAAAACUGAAUGUCUUCAUCGGAUUGAUCAGCGUGCACUCUUGGAGAAACAAGAGGGCGAAAAGAAACAGGCAACCAUUGUAAGUGACCUGAAGAACUGGUGCAUGUCCAAGAUUCAGAAUCUUGAGGUGCGCUUCACUGGAGAGUCCAAAAAUAUGCCAUGUAAUGAUGACUUUACGCAUGAUGAUGUUGUGGAGACCGCCUGCCUUCCCAUCCAAGAUGAACACGGGGUUCAGCCUGUCAGUUUACCUCCAGAAUCCCAGAAAACUUCUGCUAGUGACAUUUUGCAGCACGACCUGCUUGAAGCUUCAGUUCCUGCUAAGGGUUCAUGUGUGGAAGAUGACCUUGGCAAACAGUACUUUGUUGUUCAGCAGGACAACCCUCCAGACCAGAAUCCACAGCAGAUGGCUGAGUUAACGCCUCCACUUUCAAAAGCACCUACAUCUGCUUCUCCUCGAGUUGUCCGACCUAAAAAGAAAACGGUGCCAGCUGCAGCCCCUACCAGGCCAAACCAGGAAGUGCAUCUGGUGGAAGGCUCUUGCAAACCAAGACAGGCUCAUCCUAAGGCUUCUGGCAACAGCGUCACUGGGGAUGAGCACACUCCUUGUGUUUCUGAACGCCGCAGCAGUAAACAAGUAGAGGGGAAGAGCAAGAAGUCAAAAAGGCAGCAUCGCGAACAGACAAACCAGACUAAGCCAAGGUUGUCAAAGACACUACCGCUGUCCGGGAUAAUACUUCAGGACUCUGAGCCUGCUAGCCCACAAGAUGAAAAGGGCCCUGCCCUGCCGCAUGACACCAUGAAUGCUCUGGAAAUGACACAGUAUUUCUUUGAGGCCGUCUCCUUGCAGAUGGAGAAGUGGUAUGAAAAGAAGUUUGAAGAGACUCGCAUCCAGGCUGACCAGAAAGUCCAGGAAGAGCGAACUCUACUCCAGAAACGCAUUAACAGCCUAGAAGAAGAACUGCAGUUGUUACGUGCAAAAGCUCACAAGGAGAGCUAGCAGAGUUGCACCAUGCAGGAUAUCUGGACAGAGACCUAAAUACCGUCUGCUUCCUGUCAUUAGCCAUUUUACUGGCUUACUUAUGAUCCUUGACACAGGAAGUCUGACCUGUAUCUUGUACAGAUUAUUCAAAAAAGUGUUUCCUUCACACACAUCAAUAAGAUACUCUUUUGUGCUUCUUACAAUUUUAAGUGUUGCAUUUGAGCUCAGGUGGGUCUCAUCCAAAUUCGUCCUAUUACUAGACAAAGGCAGGACUUUCUAAGUGUUUCACCAGUAGCUGCUUUCUGUUAUUCAAACACCUACAACUGCAGGCUGGAUUCGAUUCAAGAGUACAGUAAAAAAAAUUUUUUCAAAAACCCAGUAGGUCUGCCCAUUAAUGGCAUCAGCCUGGGAAGGACACCCCUGACUAUACCAACAAAUUAGAUGUUAAAAGGUUUGUCUUCAUUUGGACUGUGAGAAUACAGUGGUGCCUUGUACUUUGAACUUAAUUUGUUUCAGGAGACUGUUUGAACUCUGAAUUGUUCGAAGUCUGAAUCAGUUUUCCCCUUUAGAAAUAAUGGAAAGUGAAUUAAUCUGUUCCCAGACUUUAAACAAUACCCAUUUCGACAAAUAGCAAAUACACAUAAUUGAAGGUAAAAAUAACACAAGUAAAUGCCCUAAAUAAUAAAUUAGAACAUGAAAACAAUAAAUAAAAUAUGUAAAUAAUGAAAAUUGCAUUGACUGUACCUUAGUGAGGAGUGCUGAUGUACCGUGUGGCUGGUGGAGAGGAAGAGAAAGGUUACUGUUUCGAAGUGGAGUCAUCUUUCAUAAACAUGCUUCGUGACAAGUUCCUUUAUCAACACAUUUGUCGAUACUACAUCCUUACUCUUAGGCUUUGUUACUUCAGCAGUCUUCUUGGAUGCCAUGUUUAAUACAUAGGGGUUAUAUGUAUAAUCAAACACCAAAAAUAAAAUAAAAAAAGCACUGAAAACAUAUGAGCAUAAUACAAGAGAUGCUUUCACAGCGAGAGCGAGAGAUGACUUGAUAUUUAUGCUCACUGCGAAAGUGCCAUCUGUUCCUGCUUUUUUUUCCACUGUGUUCAUAGUUCAAAUAUAGAAACAUCAUUCAAACUCCAGAACAAAUUACUCUCGAAUUUAGCAUUCAAACUCUGAAACACUCAAAGUUAAAAUCGUUCAAAGUAUGAGGCACCACUGUACUUCACUAUGAUUUCUGCCGUCACCCAACGUACUAAUGAAAAGUCUUAAGAGACGUAUAAAUGUGAGGUCUGAAUUUCAGGAUUUACUUUAUUUACAACCUGCAAUACCGGUGUAUAGAGGUCAUUUCAAAAGUUAACAUACAUCAUUAAGUCACAAAUCACUUCACAUAUGUUACCCUUACAAGAAAACACCACAUGACAGAACAACAAGUGUGAAAGAUGUCAGCUAGCUCAUAUUUUAAUUCAGGACUAAAACCUAAGGGGUCAUUGUUUCUUUUCUUUGGAGAUCAAACUGGGCAGAGUUUACAUAUUUCACUGAACUUCUUUAUAACUGUAAAAGAACAUAAGCGGUGUCCCUGUAUCUGUUCUAUUUGUUUUAACAUUUUCUUUUUCAGGAAUAAAGCAGUAUUUGAAUUGUUUUA